AUGAAUUGUUACCUUUUCCAGGUAUGUGGUGACAUCCACGGACAGUUCUAUGACUUAAAAGAGUUAUUCAAGGUGGGCGGCGAUGUUCCCGAGACUAACUACCUCUUUAUGGGUGACUUUGUCGACAGAGGAUUCUAUUCUGUUGAGACAUUCCUGCUUUUACUUGCUUUGAAGGUUCGCUAUCCAGACCGCAUUACAUUAAUUCGAGGCAACCAUGAGUCCAGGCAGAUCACACAAGUUUAUGGCUUUUACGACGAGUGCUUACGGAAAUAUGGCUCCAUCACCGUUUGGAGAUACUGCACAGAGAUUUUCGACUACCUCUCCUUGUCGGCCAUAAUCGACGGGCGGAUAUUUUGCGUACAUGGUGGGCUCAGCCCGUCCAUCCAAACGCUUGAUCAGAUUCGCACCAUCGAUCGCAAGCAGGAGGUGCCUCAUGAUGGGCCUAUGUGUGAUUUGCUUUGGAGUGACCCAGAAGACACACAAGGAUGGGGCGUGUCCCCGCGCGGCGCAGGUUAUCUGUUCGGAUCCGACGUAGUGGCACAAUUCAACGUCACCAACGACAUCGACAUGAUUUGUCGCGCUCAUCAACUUGUCAUGGAGGGAUACAAGUGGCAUUUCAACGAGACUGUACUCACUGUGUGGUCCGCGCCCAAUUAUUGCUAUAGAUGCGGCAACGUAGCAGCGAUACUAGAACUAAAUGAGAACCUGCAACGUGAGUUCACAAUAUUCGAAGCGGCCCCACAGGAGUCUCGAGGCGUGCCCUCCAAGAAGCCACAAGCCGACUACUUCUUAUAAUGGACAUCUAGUAUUACAGUUUUAUGUAGUGACGAAACAUUUCAAUGUGUAAUUUUAAUGUGAUUUUAAGACUGGUAAGAGAAAGAAAGAAAAGGUUUUACGGUGCUUUCUUUUUGUGUGGAUGUCAACCGACGAGAUUCAGAGUCUGAAUUUGUAAAAGUCUGAAUGUAGUGGGGGAAUUUAGAGCUCUUACGCACACGAACAUAGAACUUAUUAAAAAAGGUAAGUGUUUUAUCAUACAAUUAGAUUAUUCACUCUUCACAUAUUUCAAAAUUGUUGUAGGGAAUCGGACGUUUUCAUAAAGUAUUUAACAUUGACCGUAUUGGAUGUGUGCAGCCAAGAAAAAUAUUAUUUUAUUUAAAUAAAACUUUUCAAGUCUCUGAAACUAUGUUUAAAUGUAAUUAAAAAUAAAUUGCCGCGUAAACUGUACUUACUACCUGUGAUUUCAAACGCGUGACGUCAAUUUUGUAGGUAAACAAAAUAUUGUUAUUUGCGUAUUGAUUGCCUACUAUCUACAUUCCAAUAUUUUUGCGGUUUUUAGUUCAAAAGUGACUUAACCAAGAAGAAACAUUGGAUAUAGUGAUAUUAGCGAAAACUCGGAAUUGCAUAUGUAGUGGUAUUUGUGUGUUUACAAAAUUGGUUGUUUUUAUGCGAACAGUUCACUACUACAUAUGCAAAACCGAGCUCUGGCUAAUAAUAUGUUUGCGUAACAGAUUAAAGAUUUAUCAAUUUUUUUAUUUUAUUAUUAUUUCACAAAAAUAUUGUUUGAAUUAUCGUUUUUAUUAUGAAACCUUUCUGACUACAUUUUUUUUUAUUAUUGUCCGGUUUUUUUAAUUGUUACUAUACAGGUCCUCUUUUACUAGCUGACAUCCUGCCCAAUGCGCGCUCAUUCAAUAUAAAAACAACAACAAACAACUUCUCUGAAAGCGCAAAAGAAAAACAUGUGUCGAAUAUGUGUUAAUAUUUACUGUGGUACAGCCAUUGACUUACAAAUAAAUGGACGACGGGUUUACUACAAAAACCACGAAAAAAAUGUCCCAAGUCAACCUAUUCGAAAUUUAAAUUGUAAUGUC